AUUGAGAAGCAAAGAGGACGCAACGAUUGUAAGAUUGAGCGGAAAAAAUCAUUUCUGAGUGUUGUGUAAUUUGAUAACUCAUCGAAAUAUCAGUUGGUAAAUUCAAGUUAUUUGCCUCCAAAAAGCCAAAUAAAUGAUAGUACGCGAGGAGCGUCCAGAACAAGGACAAAUAGCGAGGUCACGACAUCGAGGGGAAGCCAUUUUGCGAGGCAACAUACACGCCAGAACCAGAACCAAAAUCCGAAUCCUCGGCGUCCGAGGUUCAACAACAACUACCACAGCAAGAUGGGCAGCAACUCCAAGGCGGACCCCAUCUCGCUGACCUUCCACGACUCCUGCCUGAGGAUGUCCGAUGUCCAGCUGCUCCAUGGACCCCACUGGCUGAACGACCAGAUCCUGAGCUUCUACUACGAGUACCUGUCGCACAUGAAGUACAAGACGAACUCGGAUCUGCACUUCAUCGCCCCGGAGGUGACCCAGUGCAUGAAGUACAUGGAUGACCAGGAGCUGGAGCAGCUCCUCGACCAGAGCCAUGCCACCGGCAAGCCCUUCAUCUUCUUUGCGCUGAAUGACAACGAGAGCUUCGAGGCCGGUGGCACUCACUGGUCACUGUUGGUCUUCUCGCGACCGGAGAAGACCUUCUAUCACUUUGAUUCGUAUGGGAACAACAACACGGGCAACUCCGUGGAGCUGAUGAAUAAGAUCAAGGAGCUGCUGGGCGUACGCCAGGCCAAGUUCCGACCAAUGCGCUGCCUGCAGCAGGCGAAUGGCUACGAUUGCGGAAUCCACGUCAUCUGCAUGACCGACCACAUCGCUGACUACCUGAACAGGUACGAGGUGAUCGACGGCCUGCCAGCUCUGCACAUCGACACUGUCAAGGCCAAGCGCACGGAGCUGCUGAAGCUCAUCCUGUCGCUGGGCGGCAAGGGCUAGAGCCUGGCGGGGAUGCCACGAUUCAGCAGACUUCCGCCCACAGCCAAAAUAGAUUUAAGUGACCAAAUUACGAAUGUAACUCGUUGUCGGAGGUGGAGAGGAUAAGCCACCAGAAAUAUGUGAAUACGAUAUCCUUGAUAUUGCUAAUUUUAAUUUGUUUAGUUUCCCCUUUGCUGAAUAAGAAUGUUUAUUUGAAGAGCAGUGCCUGGCACAAAAAAAGACAUGAAAAAAUCAACACUAAUACGCCAUUGGAGUAGGUGCAUAUCGGCAUAUCUUUAAGUUUGGUCUUUCAAAUAAAGAUUUGUUUAUUCGCACA